AUGGAGAUGGCUUACGAACCUCAAGCGGCAGUCAUCCCAGAUUGUAGACCGGAGCUGAAACCUUAUGCGGGUAAGGUGUUUGAAACAUUAGACGAAGGAAUUUCCUUUUAUGAAGCAUAUGCCAACGAAUGUCGUUUUGAUACUCGGAGAUUUGGACACAAAUUCUCAAAUGGUGUCAAAACCUGGCAGACUGUUUACUCAACCGAUCCUGGCAGUCUUUGUUAUGUUGUCAGCAACUUUGUAGACCAACACAAUCACGAGAUGGUCGAUAAAAAGCAUGUCCGAUACAUGAAAUCCAACCGCAACCUUGGGGAUAUCCAUUAUAAAUUCAUGCAAGACUGUUCAAAGGCCAACAUUGGACCUACAAUGACUUACAAUUUAUUGAAGGAGUUCUUGGGUGGCUACGAUGCGGUGGGUUGCACCGUUACUGACAUACGGAUUGGCAAGCGCAACAUAUUGCAAGAAAUGAAAGGCGCUGACGUCCAAAUGAUUUUAAAUCAAAUGGAUGAGAAGAAGAACACAUGUGAUGGUUUCCAUUAUAAAUUCCAACAAGGUAGUGAUGGAAAGUUAAUUAGCCUUUUUUGGUGUGACGCUGUGGCGCGAAAGGACUACAAGAUGUUCGGUGACAUUGUAUCCUUCAAUACUACCUACUCUACAAACAGGUAUUGCAUGGUGUUUGGGCCAUUCACUGGAAAAGACAACCUUGGAUGCCCUGUUACGUUUGGUGUCGGAUUCAUGUCAAAUGAGGGAGCUGACGCAUUUUCUUGGUUGCUCAGUGAGUUUGUCUAUUGUAUGGGUUUCGCGCCUAAGUUGCUUCCUGAAGAGGUUCCCAAAAGAAUACUUGCUAACGAAGAGUUGAAGAAGGAUUUGGACUCUUCAUAUUUUAGGGAUUUCCCAAUGGGGUCGUUGUUGAAGACAACAUCAUUCUCUGAGUCCGAGAACAGCUUUUUCAAAAGGUACACAAAACCGUAUUUUAAUCUCGCGGACUUUGUGAUGCACUACAAUAGCGCGUUGGAUGCUCAACGUAACAUAACUGAAAGGUUUGAUUUCUCUGAUGCUUCAAAAGUCCCCAUCCUGUCAACAGAGCAUUUAUUUGAGAAACACGCAGCGGCUAUGUAUACAGAUCGCAUCUUUCAGCAAGUUCAAGAUGAGAUCAUUGAGGCUGAUCGUCGUUGUAGAAUGUCUCACUUUGAGAUGGGGGACAAUACUGAGAUUUACACAAUAAUGGACAACCAUCGAAACAAAGGUGUCGUCCGUCAUGAAAUUGGCACCGAAUCGUACCACUGCGAUUGCAAGUUGUUUCUGUGGCGUGGAAUAUCAUGUUCCCACAUUUUUUGGUUGUUCAAAAACCAUGACGUGAAAGAAAUACAAGGAACAUAUAUUGGUACAAGGUGGUUGAAGACGCCUUUGUUGAAAUCAGUACACAAUGAUCAGAGUGAGGAGGCAUCGACAUCUGCAGAUUCCCAAGUCGAUGAUAAACGUGUUGUAGCAACCAAACUACAUUCGUUAUACUUUCGUUUAUUUCAACGAGCACAGAGCAAUGUCAACGACAUUUUUGCAUUAUUCUACGGAAUGGAAGAAUUAAGUCAUAAACUAUUCGGUGAUACAGUACCUUCCGUGUCUUCCAUGAGUAAAGCAUAG